GACUAAGAUAGAGAAAGAGCGAACGAGAGAGAGAGAGAGAUGGGGACAAGCGAGGAUGAGGAGGCGCAACGGCAACACUUCAACGCAUCAGUUUGAAGAGAGCGUGUGGGAUCAAGACAGAGGAAAAGCAGCAAGACAGAGUUAGCAGGACAGUAGAUCAAAGUCAGAGGACGUCUGUUUCACUACGCUGGCACUGCUGACAGUUCACACAGACAGCAUUUGAUUCACGCUCCUCAGGGGGGAUGCAGGUUUACGACGCACUGACAUGCAACGGCUGCAAAAGUGUGUGAAGAAGAUGCACUUGUGGAUCUCAGAUGAUGCUUUGAUGAAGCUGUAGCUACUCUACGUUGCAUGACAGAUGAGAACUCUGGGAGCGCAAAGUGUUUGUAGAUUGUUCCCAAGAUGCACGGGCCCAUCCAACAACCCCUGCAGGUUCACAGAUGUACCUUCACAUGGACGUUAAGCAAGACCAGAGCUUGUGCAUUUCCGCAGACUGCUUGGAUUGUAGGAUUAAAGAGCUGAAGAAAACUGCUUCCAAAGUGCAGUGCGGCCCAUCUUACCCAUCACUAGUGCUGAGUCUCUCCAGCCUGGAAGGACAUUCCCUAGAGUGGAUUUGCCAGGUGAAGUCAUUCCCAUGCACACCACGGAUGCGGAGUGGUUUUAUCAUGUGCUUCGGACAACGUUGACGAUGCAGCCUAAAGGUCACCUUCUGUGAGGGGACAGGAAAUUACAUUUCCAACACCCAGAAUGCACCACCCCCUCAUGCUGACCUAAACAAUUCUGUGACCUUGGAUUCUUCAGCAGAUGGCACAUGCAAAUCAAUGUGGAUUUAUCACCUUCUAGGGCCCAUAAAAAUGCAAUAACGGGAAUACAUCAGCGUUGAAGGAACGGUAUGAGACCGGGUUACUGGAUUUCUUCAUCCUAAUGGUAUCGAGGGAGAUAAACGCAACUUCCUAACCCUAAUGUGGAUAUAAUAAUCAAUCAAAACAAUCGUUUUCAGUUGUCAAAUUAGUUUAGAAAAGAGAAAUUGACAGCUGAUCUCUGAAUUACUCACCAUUUUCUUUGGACUCUUAAACAAACAAGAGCGAAACCUCUGAAAGAGAAUGUGAAUGACACCUCUUUGUUAGUUCUGGACAUGGCAAGGGAUCAAACAUAUUGUUUGGUUUAGUAAAAAUUAAAGAAAUUGCUGCCAAAUUGUCCUCUCUGACUGCUAAGCGAGAAAAUUGCUUGGAUUACGAGGAUCAGAAUAGUGCAGAAUACUUCCUUGAAAGGCCAUGCCUGAGGCUGAUGUACAAGUUGUACCCCUUCCAGACUAUCCUGACUCGACUGCUGACUCCCGAGGCUGAGAAAGAACCUGGAAGGGGAAGGGAUAAUGCACCUCCCUCCCGCAACGGAGGAAGAAAGCACGAUGAGUAACGUUACAGUCCUCGACAUCAUCGAGUCCGUGAGUCCCGCCAUGACGGCGGCUGGCCCUUACCCGUACCCACUCAGCUUCCAGGUGUCCCUCACCGGAUUCCUCAUGCUGGAGAUUGUCCUGGGAUUGAGCAGCAACCUGACCGUACUGGCCCUCUAUUGCAUGAAGUCCAACCUGGUCAAUUCCGUCAGCAACAUUGUCACCAUGAACCUCCACGUGCUGGAUGUGUUGGUGUGCGUUUGCUGCAUCCCUCUGACCAUUGUUGUGUUGAUGCUAUCGCUGCAAGGCGACACGGUGCUCGUCUGCUGCUUCCAUGAGGCCUGCGUGUCCUUCACAAGCGUGGCUACGGCGGCAAACGUGCUAGCCAUCACUUUGGACCGAUACGACAUCUCCGUUAAACCGGCCAAUCGUGUGCUGACUAUGGGACGAGCGGUGGCUCUGUUGGGCUGCAUUUGGCUGCUGUCCUUCGUCAGCUUCUUGGUGCCAUUUAUCGAGGUGGGAUUCUUGGGACCGGAGCCCACCAAAGCCAAUCAGACCACCGUUGUGCAUGUCAACGAAUAUUACACCGAACUUGGUCUGUACUACCACCUAGUGGCCCAAAUCCCCAUUUUCUGUUUGACUGCCGUCAUCAUGUUAGUCACGUACGCCAAGAUCCUGCAGGCGCUCAACAUCCGCAUUGGUACACGCUUCCAUGCCACGCAGAAGAAGAAGAAAAAGAUGAGGAGGAAAAAUAACUUUUCCCUUAUGUCAACAUCUGAGCAACAGCUGCCCGAGAUCACGGACACCUCGCAGAGCAGUAACCGCGGAAAUGCUCCGCUUGGCAUGCGCACAUCCGUCUCGGUGAUCAUCGCCCUGCGAAGGGCCGUCAAGCGCCACCGGGAGCGGCGUGAGCGCCAAAAGCGUGUUUUCCGCAUGUCGUUGCUCAUCAUCUCGACGUUCCUCCUCUGCUGGACGCCCAUCACCGUUUUAAACACUGUGAUCCUCAGCGCAGGCCCCAGCGACCUCACCGUUAAGCUCCGACUGGGUUUUCUGGUCAUGGCCUAUGGCACCACGGUCUUCCAUCCUCUCUUGUAUGCCUUCACGAGGCAGAAGUUCCAGAAAGUCUUGAAAAGUAAAAUGAAGAAACGGGUGGUUUCCAUCAUCGAGGCGGAUCCGCUGCCGAACAACGCGGUGAUUCGAAACUCCUGGAUCGAUCCCAAACGGAAUAAGAAAGUGACGUUUGACGAUCACGAAGCUAGGCAGAAAUGCCUAUCAUCCGAAGAUGCAGACUAAAACCACUUUGCGACCUCCAGUACAGGGACUAGUUGUCAUUAAAGCACUGUUACACAUAAAGGGAACCAUGUUAUGUGAAUAUUAGUCUUACAUGAGCAGAUAUCGAAGAAUCGGUUACUAUUUAUAACUUGGAAUAUAAUAUGAUAGGUUUCAUAGAUUGAUGCUAUUGCAGUUACAUGGUGCAUGUCCUUUAUAAACCACUGUAUGUACUGUAAAUACAUGAAAACUGAGAUUUGUACAUACUCUUUAUCAGUUAUGUACCUCAUUUAUGACUUGUAGCCUGUGUAUACAUGUAUUUAUAAUAAACUAGG